CGGAAUCCCGCCCGGCGCCGUCAAGUAGCCCCGGGAACUGCCCGCACCGCGGAGCGGUGGGCGCCGCAGAGGCCGAGCGCUCGGCCGGUUCCCGCUGCACCUCGGCUCUGCCCGCGCGGCUGCGUCCUGCGCAACGCUGCCCGCCUCGGCCCGCCAUGCGCCCGCCGGCCCCGUCCGCGCUGGGGCUGCUGCUGCUGCUGCUGCUGCCGCCGCCUGGUGAGGCCACCAAGAAGGCGACGCCCUGCAAGCGCUGCCGGGAGCUGGUGGACAAGUUCAACCAGGGAAUGGUGGACACCGCAAAGAAGAACUUUGGCGGCGGGAACACAGCUUGGGAGGAAAAGUCGCUGUCCAAGUAUGAGUUCAGUGAGGUCCGGCUGCUGGAGAUCACCGAGAGCCUGUGUGGGAGCAGUGACUUCGAGUGCCACAGUCUGCUGGAGGAGCACGAGGAGCACCUGGAAGCCUGGUGGCUGCGGCUGUGA